AUGUGUGGGCCAAAAUUGCAUGGGGGUCUCAGUUUUUUCGACGUCAAUCUGAGGAAUCGCGCUCUGCUUAACAAAUGGAUUUGGCGUUUUAGUUUGGAUGAGGAAAGUUUAUGGAAAAAUGUAGUAGCAGCAAAAUACAAUUAUGUGCAGGAUUCAAUUAUUCCAAAUGAUGCAAAUGUCAGGAAAUUUUCAUGGAUUUGGUGCAGUAUUAUAAAUCCUGCUGAGUCUUGUGGGAUUGUUUUUUUGUCUGAAGUUAAAUGUGUGAUGGGUAAUGGUUCAAAAAUUGAUUUUUGGUCUGAUAAUUGGACGGAAUUGGUUUCCUUAAAAGCGUCUUUUCCUAGACUGUUUCGGAUAGCGAAUAAGAAAGCCGGAAAGAUUUCUGAGUUUGGCCAUUGGGUUAAUGGAGUGUGGGAGUGGGAGAUAGAACUUAGGAGACACCUAUUUGAAUGGGAAAAGGCUUUGUGGAGUGAUUUCAUGCUAGUCUUAAACAGAGCUGUUAGUGCAGCUCCUUGUGAUGAUAAAUUAAGAUGGAUUGGGUCUGCAGAUGGUUCUUAUAACGCUAAAUCAUUUUGCAUUCAAUCAACAUGGGUAGUUCAACAAAGGCUGCCGGUCAUCAUAGAGCUUCAUAAAAGAGGUAUUCAUUGCAGUGUUCAAUCUCUCUAUGUUUUCUGUAAUUGUGAGCAGAAAACAGUUGAUCAUGUUUUGUGUCAUUGUGAUGUGGUGUGGAAAGUCUGGCAACGUUGGUGUAGUGUUUGGAAGGUCAACAUAGUUUUCCCUAUGAAGGUUAAAGGGCUGCUUGAGGCUUGGUUCCAUCAGAAAAUUAGAAGGAAAGAUCGACAUCUAUGGGAUUUGGGAUUUUUUGGUUUGAUAUGGAAUAUUUGGCUGUACAGAAACAAAGUAAAGUUUAAGGGUAUUGUUGUUUCUGUGGAUCAAAUUUUCAAUAUAGGUUUGAUUCAGAUUGGGGUUUGGACGAAUGCUUUUUGGCCAUCGUUGAUUCCGAUCGUUCAAGAUUUUGUGCGAAGUUCGCAGUCAAUCACUUUAGGUGUUUGUGAUUACUGA